AUGGGGCUUCAAUUUCGAAGUUUAACGAUACUUGUUCUGCUUAUUUGCUUCCUCUGUUGGCCAAGAGUUGGAUCUCCAUUAUCUAAUUCUGAAACAAAACCUGCAAGGACUCUUGAUACGACUCUCCAGGAAUACGCCUACCGUGCAUUCUUCCAUCCACGUACUGGUAUUCCGUUUGAUGGACUCGUUCCUCCCUAUUUGACAGGGAUUGAGAUAUCAGCAAUGAGACUACGAAGUGGUAGCCUAUUUCAUAGAGGUGUUGAAACGUUUAAAGAGUUCAGAAUCCCCAUUGGCGUAAGAGAGCAACCCUAUGUGGAGAGACUUGUUCUGGUGUAUCAAAACCUGGGGAAUUGGUCCACUACAUAUUACCCUUUACCUGGUUACACUUAUCUAGCUCCUAUAUUGGGUCUUCUUGCUUAUAAUGGUUCAGACUUAUCAGCUACUAAUCUACCUGAACUGGAAUUUUGGGCUUCCGAUGAUGCCAUCACAAUAAAGUUUGGACAAAUAAGGUCAAAACCUGAAGGUUCUGGUUCUCAUCCCAAGUGUGUCUGGUUUGAUCUACAUGGUCAAGUCAAUUUCACAGAUUUAGUAUCAGACAAUCAAUGUUUGACUUAUGAACAGGGGCAUUUCUCCAUUGUAGUUGAAUCCCCUCCCCCUUCUCCUCCUGCAACACCUGAAGUUUCUGCAUCACCUGACGAAACUGCAUCUAGUAGUAAGUUAGACAACAUGCCUAGAGUGUGUGCUAUUGUUGGCAUAGCAGGUGGUGGAAUCAUAUUGGUGGUGUUGUUUGCAUUGCUGAUAUUAUGGGCAUGGAGAUACAAGAAAAGGAAGAGAAUCCAAGAACUAGAAAGAGCUGCAAAUUCUGGUGAAGCAUUACGCAUGACAAGAGUUGGGAGCAUGAGAGUUCCAUAUGCCAUGGCUACAAGAACAAUGCCAGACCUUGAAAUUGACUUUACUGCUUGA